AUGGAUCGACGCGUGGUGAGCCUCUUCAUCGACUUCUUCGACUCGUACUCCUACAACAUCGUGCACUACCUGCGGAAGGUAAACGGGGCAGAACCGAUCGUAGUGCACCCAGGGGAGCUGACCAUUGAGGAUUUUCUGAGCAAAUAUUAUUCCCAAGUAGACAAUGUGGUGAUCUCCCCAGGGUAUGGAAAUCCCCAAACGGGGGAGAGCAGCGGAAACGACUUAAUCGCAGGGAUGCUGGAGAGGAGGAUUGACCUUCCCAUCCUGGGCAUUUGCUAUGGGCACCAAUUAAUUUGCCACCUCUAUGGGUGUAAAAUAAAAAGAGUAAAGAACAUGUUCCACGGGGACACCAACGUAAUUUAUAUUUGCAAGUACCAAAAUGUGGCUAGCGAUUUGUUUGAAAAUGUAAAAGACGGGUUCAAAGCGACGUGUUAUAACUCUUUAAAGGUGUCCAAACGGGUGAGGGACCCCUUGCGGAUUACUUGCUACUCUAUUUGUGAAAAGGAAUUCAUAGUCAUGGGCACGCAACAUAAGGACCUCCCCUACUACACUGUGCAGUACCACCCCGAGUCUAUCGAGAGUGAUUUCAGCUACACAUUUUUUGAAAACUUUAAAAAGAUUACCCUUAAAAGGGGGGGUGCAUGUAGGGGGAGACAACCCACUGUCAGCUAUGCAGACCACCAACUGGCCAGUAAACACCUGCGGGGAGAACCUCCAAGAAAGCUGCCCAAAAAAGGAGGUACACCAAAUCAGUGGAGAAUAAAAAUUGUAAAACUCUCGGGGGUGCACAACUUGCGUAAUUUCUCGCACGCCAUUUUUAGAGCCAUUUGUUACGACCCUAGUGGUGUGUCUUUUUGGCUGGACAGCAACGGGGAAGUGUUGGUUGCCCCCCCGGGGGGAAGCUCCGUCGAGGGCCAACACGGUGGGGGUGCCAGUGCGGGUGGGAGCCACGCACAAAGCAGCCAUGUGCAUAGUAGCCAACCGCUCAACAGCCAACUGCCCAACAGCCAACUGCCCAACAGCCAACUGCCCAACAGCCAACUGCCCAACAGCCAACUGCCCAACAGCCAACUGCCCAACAGCCAACCGCUCAACAGCCAACCGCUCAACAGCCAACUGCAUAACUGCGGCAGAUUUUCCUACAUGGGGAACGCCAAGGGGCGUUUAAGCGAACUGGUGGAGUAUUACUACGCGGAGGGGGGGGGAGGGCACCAAACGAAAGGCACCAUCGUUCAGUUGGGGAAGGGGCCAAGCGACGAAUGGUACCGAGUUAGGCACCACAGUGAGGACCCAAACAACUGUCUGGUGCAUCACCUGAGGGACAGGAUAGACCGCCUCAAGGGUAACUAUAGCAUCCUCUUGGAGGAGGUCAAAAUGGAGAAGUGGGAUGGCACCUUCGGUGGGUGCAGAAGGAACUGCGGUGAGGGCCCGGCGGACUGCUCCACAGGGGGGGAACAACAACAGGGAGAAGACGAAGAGGAGGAGGAGGAGGAGGAGGAGGAGGAGGAGGAGGAGGAGGAGGAGGAGGAGGAGGAGGAGGAAGAAGAAGAAGAAGAAGAGCCCCCCCAAGAUGGGAACCCCUAUGGAGGCUACCCCUAUCAAGGCUACCCCUACGAAGGCCACCUCCCUAAAGGGGCAAUCGAGGAGGACCAAUUCGUGACGCACAAAAACUCUUGCCUCUUGGGCUACUUUGGCUUCUUCACCUACGAGUACAAUAAGGAGACCAUGAAAAUGCUGUAUAAAAAAAAGUGGAAGAAUCAUGCAGAGGGUACGGACUCGAAGAGCGCCAUCCCAAUUUCGGUUUUUAUUUUCCCUCAGAAUUUGAUAUCCCUCGAUUUGGUUAGCAACACCGUUUACCUAAUUUCGCUCGAACCGGAGGAGGCAUCUGUUAAGUCUCCGCUGGGGCACUUCCACCCCUCUUGGAGCAGCCAAGAUGUGCAAGACAUCCUGCAGUACAACGCCAGAUGGAAUUACAAAGCCAUCCGCAAAAUUGCAAAAAUUGUGAAGGCAAAAAUGAGGUCUUAUGAACAUGGUCAGGUCCCCUCUUUGUGCAUCCCCCCGGAGUUACCCCACACGGAGGGAAGCGGGAACAAAAUUAUAUUUCGCCCCCUGGUUGGUAAAGAUAAAUAUAUGGAAAAUGUAAAACGGUGCAAAGAGUACAUUGAAAAGGGGCAUUCUUACGAACUUUGCUUAACGACCCAAUUUCGGGGGGAAUAUUUCGGGUCGGAUGGUAAUGCACCCCCUGUAGAUUUUCUAAAUGUAUAUUUGCACGUAAGGAACGUCAAUAAAGUCGCCUACAGUUGUUACAUGCACUACUGGAGAGAGCUCCACGAUGAGGCGGUACCUCUUGCAGUAAGUGCCAACUCGGUGAUCGAUACGCAUCUCCAGUUCACCCUCAUGUGCCUCAGUCCGGAGGAAUUCCUCCGAAAGGAUAAAGACGACGUCCUCUUUAGCAAACCAAUCAAAGGGACCAUCAGGAGAGGAAGCUCUGUCGAAGAGGAUGCAAAACUGAAAGGGCAACUACUCAAUAGCAAAAAAGACAGAGCCGAAAAUCUUAUGAUCGUCGAUCUGACCACCAACGACUUUCACAGGAUUUGCCAAACGGAUACCGUCCGUGUUAGCCACUUGUUUCAGAUUGAGAGCUACGCGUAUCUCCACCAAAUGGUUUCCCAAAUAAGAGGAAGGCUUCUCCCUGGGAAAUCCUUUGCAGAUGCCAUUGUCAACGUUUUUCCAGGCGGGUCCAUGACGGGCGCGCCCAAGCCCAUAUCUAUGGCGAUUCUGCAGAGCAUCGAAAAGGCCCCCAGGGGGGUUUACUCCGGGUCCAUUGGCUUCAUCUCCGUCCAGGGCAAUUUCAUCCUUAACAUCGUCAUCCGCACGGCUGUCGUGCAAAGCAACACGAUCUCCAUCGGGGCCGGUGGCGCCGUCACCAUCAAGAGUGAUGAGACGGAGGAGUAUAACGAAAUGCUCCUCAAGUUUAUGAGCGUGGCGAGACCAAUUUGGUAAGUCCUCCAGUGUGCAGCUGAAGGAAUAUCUGUGCGUCCAUGGGAGCGGCGCCCAUUUGGCCUUUGCGUACACAAUUCGGUGAGGAAAUGUUGCGAUGAUGUGGGUUAAACGAAGAGGCGUACAUUUCUUCGCCAAUUUUUUGCAAACACGUUGCCUCAUCAUGAUCACCAUCGUCAUCACCACCGCCACCCCUGUUGCCUGCGCAGCUCCUACCUGAAGGAACGACACAACGUCCACGUGGAAUACAAACUUUAGUAAAAUAGCGGAUUUUUUUUUUCCUUUUUUUUUAUCACUCCAUUUUUUCACUCACCGGAAGAGGAGUAAAAAAAGAAAGAGUGAGGGAGUUUCCUUUUUUUUUGAGCCCUUUAAAUGUAUAGCGUUUCUUUCGAAGGGGUGCCUAGGCUUCUUCCCCCCUGGCGCGGGGCGAAUGCAAGCAGCACAUGUAGCAUAUGACGUGCAGUAAAAUGCACUGAGGAGUACUCCUAUGCAGGCGUUCUUAGCGCCCCGCCGUGCUCCCCCUCCUCUGCAGCAGGCACACCAAAUAAGCACCGUUUUUUUUUUUUUUCUUUCAAAGAAG